AACCACGAUCGAGAAGCAGGCACGGACAUGGAAAUGGAAGCCACAACACCACCUACUUUCACAUCACCUUCCAGCGCCGAAACAGUCCGCAUAAUUCCUCGAGCGGCCCGUAAUCGACAUGGCUCUAGGCGAACAGAAAACCGUGGGCCAACGCUGAACUUCAGUCUCGGAGCUGGAGCUGGUGGAAAGAGGAAAAUGCCGUAUUCAGAGUACUUUGACAUUCAUGGAUUGAAUGACGGGAGCGACCGGAAGGAUGGCAGUGGUGGUGGAAAGGGAGGCAAGCGAUCGAGACAGGUGUGAACGACAUGAAGUAGACAUGAAGGAUUGCACGGCAGACGUUGUACGGCAAAGGAGGCAGCAGGAACCGGUGCAUGUAUACGAUCGCUAGGAAGGAAUUGGCAUGACAUCUUCGGAAGAGUCUAUGAUUUUGGCAUGAAGCAUGAUGGGCAUCUUUACGAGGGCACAGGAAGAAGGCAUUACGAGGAGGUAUACCAUCGGGCGGCGGCGUUUGCUUUCUCAGUCCAAGACGCUGCAGAUAUCCUGUUCUUUGUGCGCAGUCUUACUUCACUUUCUCAUGCAGCAAAGCAGAUUUUCGGUAG